AUGUCUCUGGCUUCUGUAUCACAUCUGGCUCUUGUCGGGGCAUCAGUGUUCUGCGUAAUCACUAAGCUCAUCACAACAGAAAAUCAAGUUCAAGGACACUGUCCAGAGAAUGAGUUGAAAUUCAAAUGUGAGAGCGACAGUACUUGUAAGAAGCUGAUGUCAAAACCACCUAGCAAUGGGUUGCUGACAGGACGAUGUGUGAACUUCAGUGAGACCCACAAAGCCUGCGAGAUCAAAGGAUGGUGUCCCGCAGAGAUUGAUGAAAUUCAGCCAGACCCCAUGAUGGAGGUGGAGAACUUUACCAUCUUCAUCAAGAACAGCAUUCGCUUCCCACGUUUUAACUUCACAAAGGGAAAUUUCUUGCCCAACAUCAAUAAUUCUUACAUAAAGCAGUGUAAUUUUGACUUUGAGAGUAACAUGUAUUGUCCAAUAUUCAAAGUGGGAGAUGUGAUCCGAUUUGCACAACAGGACUUUACUACUCUUGCUAAAAAAGGGGGAGUGAUAGGGAUAAAAAUAGCGUGGGUGUGUGAUUUAGACAAGGCAGAGGAUGAGUGCAAGCCAGCCUACUCCUUCACUCGCCUGGACGCCAUGUCAGAGAAGACCACUGUGUCUCCAGGAUACAACUUCAGGUACGCAAAGUAUUUUAAAAUGGAGAACGGAACCGAGUAUCGCACUCUGUUGAAAGCCUACGCCAUCAGAUUUGAUGUGCUGGUUAAUGGAGAUGCGGGAAAAUUUGACAUGAUCCCAACUCUGAUCAACAUGGUUGCUGCCUUCACCUCUGUUGGUGUGGGUACAGUGCUUUGUGACAUCAUUCUGUUGAACUUCUUGAAAGGAGCUGACCAAUACAAGGCCAAGAAAUUUGAAGAGGUAUCAGAUUCACAUAUUCAGAGCAAUAAUUCAUUGUACAGGACCAGAGACCACAGCCAGCAUUCAAUCAAAACUGAUGAGAAGUUCUCCAACGACUCCGGAGCAUUUUCCAUUGAUCGUUAUAGUUAAAAGUGCUGGUCACGGCACUUGGGGAAGGAUUGGAAAAAACAAAUUAAUUCAAAGUUCUUCAUUCCAGUCAUAAUCUUUAUUUAUUUUUUUUCACUAAUCCUAGAUCCUUCCACAAAGAACAGUGUAGACCAAUAUAUAUAUACACACACACACACACACAAACACAAAACGGUUCCAUAGGCUAUCAACUGAACUUUCCCCCCUAAUUUUACAUUUGCCUUAAACAUAAAGAUUAUUUUAACUAUAACCAUGGCCCCAAUCUUAAACAUCUCAAAAUCAAAAUCAAUCAGUCAAUAUGUAUUAUUUGCCUGACUGAUCAAAAAUAUUACUAUAUUUUGUAAAUAAUAGUAUUAAAUAGUAAGUAAAUACUCAAAUUCUGCUAUGUAUACUCAUAGUGUUUGCAUGGCCUUAACUAG